AGCUGGGGUGGAGCUGUAACAGUUCGCCACGGCUAGGCUCCUCUCCCCUCUCAGCUCUCAGCUGCCCCUCCUGCAUGCCGAUCGCCUCCAAGCUCGUCUACUUCCAGCGCCGCCCCGCGCCGGCGCCGCCUGACGACCCGGGUCCCGAGCCUCCCGACCCCCGCCGCCCCCGCCGCCGCCGCCGCAGCGGCUCCCUCUCCUCCUCUCACCAGAAGCCGGAGCAUGAUGUUCCAGGGCACCAAAGGGAUCACGCUGCUGCAGCCAAGCCUCCGGGGCCAGUCGGAAAGGCAGCAGGGCUUCUUCACACGGCCUCCAGCGCAGGGCUUCACCACCGCAGCACGUCGGGGUCGGACCACGGCCGGCUUCCCGACGCCGUGCAGCAGGCCAGGGAACGGCUCCUUCAGAGGCUCGGCAGCGUGGACCUGGUCCUGGCGGCGGGACGAAGGCACAAGACAUGGCCGCUGCAGACACUCUGGGCUGGAGCUGGAGGACUCGCUCGCCCCGUCGUUGACGCCUCUUCGGGCGGCGGUCAAACCAGCUGCUUCCAGUUCCAGUUCCAGCCCGGUGAACGUGAACCCAUCCCUGUGUUCCCCAAACCGGCGGCCUCCGCGGUACAGGAAGCAGAAGACGGGCGAGCCGCGCCCGCGGACGCAGCUUCUGACUGCUCCAUAUGCCUGGAGAGGUGCGGCGCCGGCGGCGGGCUCACGCAGCUGCGCUGCGGGCACGUCUUCCACUCCGCCUGCCUGCAGCGCUGGCUGCGGUCCCGCGCCGACUGCCCCUACUGCCGGGCCACCGUGCGAGCUCGCUCCUAACAGCAGGAAGGAAGGAAGGAUGGAUGAAUGAAUGGAAAGUGUGGAACUGGAUGACGAUGGUUUUAUUAACCGUGUGUCGCUGCUCACCUCUUGUUGUAACCACUCCACUAGUAUGGGUUUUUUUUCUUUUCUUCUUCCUUUGCCCGUUGAGGUAGACUGGUAGUACUGAGCUUUGCGGCUUCAGCGAUUCAGUGUGAUAUAUGUGUGUAUGUUGUGUCUAAUCUAAUGUACGCAGGAAAAUUAGAUCUGUAUCGUU